GGUGUGGCCCACCCUUCCCCCUCUGUGGCCUCCAUGGCUGCAGGCUUCUGGUGUCUGCUCACCCCUGUCCCUGGGCCAGGUAAACUCACUUGGCGGGAGCACAGGGAAGUGCCCCCUUUCCUGUCCCGCACAGGUUGAAGGCCCACAGAGCACUGGGAACAGGUGAGCUGGGGUGAGGGAUGGCGGGGUGUCCUGCUGGGAUCCAGCUGCCAUGACUGAGGUGUACUCAUGCAGGGGCCUGUAGAGAUUGUCGUCCUCACCUGGCUUUGUGUGCUCAUCACUCGGGGGUGGUCCCGGCUCUUCUCUCAGAGGGCCAUGCUAGGCACACGCCCCGCACCCGGGCUGGCGGACAGCAACACCCUGCCCCCGGGGGCGGCGGCAGCCCCACCUUUGUGCUUCUGAGGCCAGAUCUAGGUCACUGCCCCACUUAGAUCCAGGGCAGUGGUUCCCAAACAGGCUCAGGAAGAGCCAGCCGGGGCUCGGGGACUGUGGGGCCGCUGCUCAUCCUGAGGCGCCAUGUCUUGGGAUCCUGCCCUUUCGCACAGUCCAGGAGCUGGUGCUGUCGUCUGCUCUCUGGCUUCUUCCUGGAGACCUGUUGUGCAUGAUGUUAAGACACAGUAGCCGGAAAAUGACCACCAGGUUUCCUGAGCGUUGCCAUACCCAGUGCCUCAAAUGGGCCUGCGGCGCAGCAGGGCCCUGAUGGGCGUUUGCCGGAUGGAUUAGAGGGUGUGCAAAGGGUUAGAUGAAUGGCUGUAGGCUCUUGCAGGGCUGGCAGAAGGUCUCACCUGGGAUGAGAGGAGCAGCAGGUUCUACAGGAGAAGAAGGUUGUACAAGGCUUGUCACCCUGGGGUUCCAUCACAAAGGACAGUACCUCCAGCUGGUGUUUGUAAAAGCUUCCAUCCUCAGUUGUUCUGAGGAGGAAUCAGGAUGGAGCAUGACUGGCCCACCCUACCCUGGCAGGGCUUCCCACAUGUCACCCCAUGCAGGUGGGACCCUCAGGUGGGCUGGGGGCAGCAGAGUCCGCACUGCUUGAUGGCCCGGCCAAGCCUUGCCCAGCCAGGGUGGUCCUUCAUGGGGCCUCAUUCCCAGGGCCAAGAUGGGGUGCGGGGGUGUUGGAGUGCUGUCACCCCUGGAAGUCCCCGGAGAGGCCCUUCUGGAGCCAGCCGCUCCCUGGGAUCUCCGCCCUCCCAAGCCACCAGUCUUCUCUGUCCCUUCUGGUGAACCCCCGACAAGGGCCUGUGCGGCCCCUGCCUUCCCCGGGGGGCCCAGGGCCAUGUCCUCACUCUGCACCGCGGCUGGCUCUCCCUUUGGCACUGCCCGAAUCAGGUGCAUGUGGUGGCCCUGACCUGGCUGCAAGUGGCACUGUGUGCCCUGUCCGCCGCGCCUGGUGCUGGGGCUCUCGGGCCAGGCUUCCCCAUCCGCCCAGUCCUCUUGUCUGGGUAGAAACAGGCAAACUUCGCCUGGGACAGAACGGCCCUGGGCCCAGUCGGGAACACUUCCGCUCCAUGGGUGCCGCUACUGAGCGCGGCUCCAGUUCGAGCCCUCAACUUUCUUCACUGGCUGCUCCCCCCACUGCCAUUCACCUGUUCAAGAUUUAGCCUUGAAAGGGGCCCUGGGCCCUUCUCCCAAAGGGGCUUGUGUGAAGUGAGGUUUAAAAGUCUGGGGGGCUGUUAUUCCGAUGUCUGACGUGCAGUCACGGGGGAGGCAGGUGUCUCCAGUGACCCAGGCUGGCGUGAAACCUCUGUGGGGUUGCUCUGUGCGCUGGGCACCACAGCUGCAUGCACGUAGACCUCCUGUUGUGCCUUCCUGAGCACGCUCUGUUAGCAGCCCUACCAGCAUGUGUGGCUGCUGACCCCAGAGUGUGGUCCAGCCACUCGGAGGGUGAGCAUGGACCACAGUAGAGUCCAAAGUCCUUGACCCACAUGGUUUCACCUGGUCCCGUGCUGACGUGGUAACAUUCUGGGUGUGAAAAAUUCCAUGGGGCAUAUUGCUGGGUUCCCAUAGCCUGUCUAUUGUGCCCCUCUUAUGUGGCUGUUGGUGGACUGGAAACAAACCCCGCGGCUCGUGUGGUGCCCCCACUGGACUGUGUUCCUGGAGGCCAGAGCUGGCAGACAGUCUUUCAGUGGCCAGGUGGGGACAGUGUCAGCUUUUCUGGCUACCACAGGGUCUGUGCCCCAUUGCUCAGCUCUGACUGCUCUGUGGCAAGGGCCUGGGUGUCAGGUGACUUGUGGGACCACCAGGCCAGUCAGGGCUGGUGUUUCUCUGUCCCAUCCAUGUCCCCUCCCAGCAACAUCAUUGCUGCAGGGGCCCCAGGCUUCUGCUGUCCCAGAUCCCAUGGCCCUUGGCUCCUGCGGUUUCCAGAGCGAUGUCUUUGCAGCUGCUCCCUCUCACCCAGGGAGCCCCACACAGCCCCGCCUUCUACCCGUGGCCCCGCCCAGCCUGCCUGUGCUGCGAGGACAGUCCCCCAGCUCCACCCAGCCCCUGGCUCCCAUCACCUUGGGACUAAGUUGGGAGCUGGGAGAAGGGUAUCCAGUGGACCCAGGGGUCGGAGGCUGGAAAGCCAGGCAGAUGCCCACCUUGGCCCAGAGGCUGGCUGGGUGGGGGAGGGAAGGGAAGAGGGCAUCUUCCCUAACCUGACUGGGACUUGGCUCGUUCAGAAUGAGGUGUCCCCUCUGUCUCAGGGUGGAUGCUCCUGGGUGGGCUGUGUUUCAUUCCUCCUCUUGGCCAGUGGAUGUGGGAGCCUCCCCGUGAGUGCAGGUGGUCUCUCUCCCACAAGAGGCCUCCUGGGUACCACCCAUCUCUUGGCCCCUGAGGUUUCUCUGGGUCAGGAAGGCCUCAGACGGGCAGGUUGGCAGACAGCACUGUGCGGGCCUUUGCCAGGCUUUGCCGGCUGUGCCAGCUCCUCUCUGCUCACUUCCCUGUUUUUCCUUUUCCAUUAGUUAAACAUCCCCUUGAUUCUUCUCUCCACGAUAAAGCAAAAUUGUGUCAUUUCUCACUGAAGACAACUGUCUCUGAAGGCCAGUGCCUGGUGGCACCAUCAUCCUUCCCCUGUGGGCCGCCGAUGGGCUGGUGUGGGUUUUCAAGAGCAGAGAACGGGCACAGUUCUGUCGCUGUGCGGGCCUCGGCCCUGUGGGGACCUCUGCUGUAGAGGUUCUGGGGUGGGUGCUGCCGGACGCCUGCUGCUGGGGUGGGCGCAGGUCCCCAGUCCUGCUCUGUGGCUGUCCCCUUCCUGCCGCACGGCUGCUUGCACUGGGGAACCCCAGAGCUCCCGGGGCUUUGUUCCUGUGAAUCAUGCUGUUUCUUCUUUCUCUUUAUUCUCUCUCUCUGUUUAUUUUUGUUGUGUGACUUUGACUAGCCCAGCAGCCCUGUCUCCUGUGAGGGAGCUCCCCUCCCUCUGUGCUCUGGCCACAUGUGACCAGCCCCGGCUCUCAGUGUGGCCACCGUAACGGGGGCCAUGGGGAGCUCCGCUUCCUCGCUGGCCGCUGAGACUGAGUCGGACCAUGGCUUCCCCACGGGGCCGCCCUUCCCAGGGCCCCCGGCAGCACCCAGCUGUUGUAGGAGCGGCCCUGGGGGGCCUGUCUGGGGCGCUGCCCUGGUUACCCCACAGCACCAGACCCGGGCCCAAAGACACACACACUUGCCUGGGUCCAUGGCCACGGUUGGAGAGUGGUCUUGUGCGCGCUGCACCUUCCUGAACCCGGCCGGCCAGCGCCAGUGCUCCAUUUGUGAGGCUCCCCGGCACAAGCCUGAUCUCGACCAGAUCCUGCGACUGAGCGUUGAGGAGCAGAAAUGGCCUUGUGCCCGAUGCACAUUCCGGAACUUCCUUGGCAAGGAGGCCUGUGAGGUGUGUGGCUUUGCCCCAGAGCCUGUGCCCAGCACCUCCUUGCUGCCGGUCAUCAACGGGGUCCUACCCAAGCCGCCCACCAUCCUGGUGGAACCCAAAGGCAGCUGCAAGGAGGAGGCAGGUCCAGCACGGACAGAGGGAUUAGUGGCCAUGGAGCCAGGUGGGGGGCAGCCUGAGGAGGAGGAGGAGGGGACAGCAGAACCUGGGAGUGGCUGGGCCUGCCCUCGCUGCACCCUGCACAACACACCAGCGGCCAGCUCCUGCUCUGCCUGCGGGGGCCCCCGGAAACUCUCACUGCCCAGGAUCCCUCCCGAGGCCCUGGUGGUCCCCGAAGUUGUGGCCCCCGCCGGCUUCCACAUCACACCUGCUCCAUCCCAGCCUGGGGAAGGCAAUGAAGCUGACCCUCCCUCUGCCGCUGCCGACCACGAGCCGCCCCGGAUGCCACCCUUCAGCCCCUUCUCACCCACCCUGCAGAACAACCCUGUGCCUCGCAGCCGCCGUGAGGUACCUCCCCAGCUGCAGCCACCGGUGCCUGAGGCCACCCAGCCCUCCCCCACUGCUGGCUCCAAGGGGCCCCCUCAGGGCCCAGGGCGGACUUCUGCUGGGGCCUCCCGCUUGGCAGAGCUGCUUUCAGGCAAGCGACUUAGUGCUGUAGAGGAGGAGGUGGCUGAGGGCGGCACCGUGCUGCGCCGGUGCAGUUCCUGCUCUUCGCCCAGCCCCGCAAGCCUGUGUGAAGCCUGUGGCACUGCUCCGGGCAGCGAUGUCAUCAACCUGGCCGGUGAUACUGUGCGCUACACGCCAGCGAGCCCCUCCAGCCCCGACUUUACCACCUGGUCGUGCGCCAAGUGCACACUCAAGAACCCCACGGCAGCCCCCAGGUGCACUGUGUGUGGCUGCUCCAAGCUGCAUGGCUUCCAGGAGCACAGCGAGCCCCCUGCUCGUUGCCCUGACUGCAGUGCGGACAAGCCGGGCCUCUGCACCGUCCACAAGGCCAGCCGCCUCUUUCCCGAGGCACCACCUGAACGCCCAGGUCAGUGGGCCUGCCCUGCCUGCACACUGCUCAACGCACCCCGGGCUAAGCACUGUGCCGCCUGCCACACGCCCCAGCUCCUGGAAGCCCAGCGCCGGGGUGCCGCACCCCUGAGGCGCAGGGAGAGUAUGCACGUGGAAAAGCGGCGGCAGACAGAUGAGGGUGAGGCCAAGGCUCUCUGGGAGAACAUCGUGGCCUUCUGCCGGGAGAACAACGUGAACUUCGUGGAUGACAGCUUUCCACCCGGGCCCGAGUCUGUGGGCUUUCCCGCAGGCGACAGCGUCCAGCAGCGAGUUAAGCAGUGGCUGAGGCCUCAUGAGAUCAACUGCUCUGUCUUCAGGGACCACAGCACCUCCUGGUCGGUGUUCCACACUCUGCAGCCCUCGGACAUCCUGCAGGGGCUGCUGGGCAACUGCUGGUUUCUCAGUGCUCUGGCCGUGCUGGCAGAGCGCCCCGACCUGGUCGAGCGGGUGAUGGUCACACGCAGCCUGUGCGCGGAGGGCGCCUACCAGGUGCGGCUCUGCAAGGACGGCACGUGGACGACGGUGCUGGUGGAUGACAUGCUGCCCUGCGACGAGGCUGGCUUCCUCCUCUUCUCACAGGCCCAGCGGAAGCAGCUGUGGGUGGCCCUCAUCGAGAAGGCGCUGGCCAAGCUGCACGGCUCCUACUUUGCCCUCCAGGCAGGGCGCGCCAUCGAAGGCCUGGCCACGCUCACCGGUGCCCCCUGUGAGAGCCUGGCGCUGCAGGUCAGCUCCACUAACCCCCGCGAGGAGCCCGUUGACACUGACCUCAUCUGGGCCAAAAUGCUGAGUUCUAAGGAGGCUGGGUUCCUCAUGGGCGCCUCUUGUGGUGGGGGCAACAUGAAGGUGGACGAUGCUGCCUACGAGAGCCUGGGCUUGCGCCCCCGCCAUGCCUACUCCAUCCUAGAUGUCCGUGAUGUCCAGGGCUCCAGGCUUCUGCGCCUCCGGAACCCAUGGGGCCGCUUCUCCUGGAAUGGCAGCUGGUCAGAUGAGUGGCCACACUGGCCGGGGCACCUGCGUGGCGAGCUCAUGCCCCAUGGCAGCAGUGAAGGUGUCUUCUGGAUGGAGUACAGUGACUUCAUCAGGUACUUCGACUCCGUGGACAUCUGCAAAGUACACUCAGACUGGCAGGAGGCACGCGUGCAGGGCUGCUUCCCCACCUCGGCCAGCGGGCCUGUGGGGGUGACAGCGCUCACCGUGCUGGAGCGUGCAUCCCUGGAGUUUGCCCUCUUCCAGGAGGGCAGCAGGCGUGCAGACUCAGCAGACAGCCACCUCCUGGACCUCUGCGUCCUGGUGUUCCGAGCCUCCUUCGGCAGCGGUGGCCGCCUGAGCCUGGGCCGCCUGCUGGCCCACAGCAAGCGAGCUGUCAAAAAGUUUGUCAACUGUGACGUGAUGCUGGAGCCUGGCGAGUACGCUGUGGUGUGCUGUGCCUUCAACCACUGGAGCCCCACCAUGUUGGGUGCCCCCGCUGCUGCACAGGCCUCCAGCCCACGCUGCUCCCUGGAGCCACCCGGCCAUGUGCUGGCUGUGUACAGCUCAAGGCUGGUCAUGGUGGAGCCCGUGGAGGCCCAGCCGACCACACUGGCGGACGCCAUCAUCCUGCUCACAGAGAGCCGGGGGGAACGGCACGAGGGACGUGAGGGCAUGACCUGCUAUUACCUGACGCAUGGCUGGGCGGGGCUCAUCGUGGUGGUGGAGAACCGGCACCCCAAGUCCUACCUGCACGUGCAGUGUGACUGCUCUGAUAGCUUCAACGUGGUGUCCACACGCGGCAGUCUGCGCACCCAGGACAGUGUGCCGCCCCUGCACAGGCAGGUCCUGGUGAUCCUGUCCCAGCUCGAGGGCAACGCCGGCUUCUCCAUCACCCACCGCCUGGCACAUCGCAAGGCCGCCCAGGCCUUCCUCAGCGAUUGGACGGCCUCCAGGGGCACCCACAGCCCCCCUCUCACGCCUGAGGUUGCUGGCCUGCACGCGCCCCGGCCAUUGUGACCUCCACACCCAUGCCCACCUGCCCCCGACAUGCACUUUAGGAGGGAGACCCCAACAGAGGACGCUUGAAACAGAAUCUCAGGGCCCCGCCCAGGGAGCUGCCAGCCGCGGACCGCAGCUUUCCUCGGACCUUUCUCCCCACCCCUCCCUCCCGUCUGGGGCCUCCUAGCUGCCAAGCAGAAUACCUCCAUCCCACUUCUAGCGUGAGGGGGCUAUGCACCAGCCCCUCUGACUAGCCUGCCUCCAGGUCGGGUCCAGACUGCCAGGGCUGAGAUGAGGCUGCCCCUUUCCCGUGGGCCUGGGGUUGCUGCCUGUGUGAGGCAGUCAAGAGCUCCAUUUAUAAAACCAAAUUUGGGCAGGUCAGAGGCUGGGGCGCAAGGGUUAGCAGGGACCACCCUUCCCCCCUUAGGGUUAGAGGCCAGGACUCCAGAGUGAGUAGACAGGGACCACCCCUCUGUGGGGACCAGAGGUUGGGACCCUGAGAUGGGUAGGGACCACCGCCUUUGAGGGUCAGAGGCCAGAAUCCCAGGGUGAGCAGGGACCACGCCCUCUGUGGGGUACAAGCCUUCUCCCCGCAGCUUGCCCUAAGAGCCCAUCUUCUCACCCCCUCCGCUCCCACGAGGCAAGCUGAGGUCCCUGGAGUCUCAGCAGCGUGUCCCGGAAGGCAGAUGUCUGGAGUCCAUGGACUGGGAACCAGGGAUGGGGAGAGUCCCAGCUGCCCUCUCUGGCUACACUAUGCAAUUCCUGGGGCGCUGGUCAGGACUGAAGCCAUGCCCCCAGGGCUGCGGGAUGGGAGCUGCCGCUUGGUAAGGUGGUUCGUCCUCAGCACCACCUGACCUCUGCCAGGAGGACCAGCAUCCAACAAAAAUCCUUGGCCAACCCCGCCUAGGCCCACACGGCAGGGUAUGGCUCCUCCCAGCCCUUCCCCUGCCUCCGAAGCCCAGGCUGCUGGGCUGCCUCCCAACUGCCCUCCCCCGUGGCUGCUCGAAGUCUUGCAUCUGCCUGUGGACAUCCGAGGCCCGCUUCUAGAGGCCCCCGGCCCCCCUGCCCUCCAGCCCCCAGGACGUGGGCAGCCCUGCCCACCGCCCCGCACUUCCCGUGGCAUUGUAGGGUUUUUACCACUGGAGAACCACCAGGAAGCACUACACUCCCCUCUGGGCCUCCUUUAUAUUUGCUCCUUUUACUCUGAGCUGUUGAGUAUUUUUAACCCUGUACAUACAGCCGGCUCUUCCGACGCAGAGACUAUUUUAUCAGGUGUUCCCCGGCCUCGUAGGGCGAUUCUCCAUGGGCGUUUCCAGACUCAGGCUCCAAUGGACCAAAUGAAAACGUUUUGUUUUGUAAUGAU